AUGAGCUUCUACGGUUCCGGCUACGGGCCUCCCCAUGGCUACCAAACCUCACAACCCUAUGAAUAUCCUCCAGGUCAAGCGUAUGCUGCGCCGCCGUUCCUUACGAGUGCAACCUUGGAGGACCAGCAUACAGCUUAUAGCCAUGGCACUGUAGAAGCCUACAAGUACAAUCACACCGCCAUCCCUGGAUUAGGUAUGGGCUUCUCUCACGACACCGCGCCAUGGCAAUCGGCCUGGCCUCACGGCCCCGUCGAUGCGCAGACCGGACCAAACGAUCCAUCCCCGAUAAAACAGACUACCGCACCCGUUGGACGCGCGACAAAGGACGUUGACGUAGCUCAAAAUAAGCACCACAGCUCAGGCAGUGACGAUGAUGCGAUGGAAGAGGGAGAGGUCAGUGAAGGAGAGUUGGAGGACAUCUACGAGCCUGGCGAGGUUGGCGUUACCAAAACUGGUGCGCGCGAUCCGCAAAGCCUAGGGCACAAAGCCCAGGUUGGCUACCACGAUGCCAGGUCCCAAAUUCCUACAGCCGCAACGCUUCCAACCAACGCAUCUUCCAAGGAGAACACCUGGAACGGAGAUCAGCCCGCUCGAGACCGCUCUGGCUCGUACUCGCCCUAUCUCUCACCACGUGAGAUACAGUCGAACGGCCUCGAAAACGGCGCGUCAGGCGCUCGUGCCCCAAACCACCCCCAGCAUGCCCAUCUUCGUGACAGCGAAAUGGGACAGACUCAAACAAGCCAGUCAGACAAAGUGCUAUUCGAGUUCAAGAAGCGGGCCCAAGACGCAAUCGUCCGCCUGUGGCCGCUCAAUGUGCGAUAUCAGAACUACGUCGAGGAGGGAGUGGACAAGAUGGUUCUCGAUCAACUGUUCAUGGAAUUGGGUCUCGAUAUCACUACCCAUGGCCCAGUCUUGGAAGAAACAAGAGUGCUUGCAGCACCCGAAGCUACGGACACAUCGAAUAAUGCGCAAAAUGGAAACAGCCACUUGACGACAACAACCAACAAUGAGAAGCCAGAGAGCACGGAUCGAGCCAAGGACAAGUCGGAAGAGCGAAAAGACCGAAUAGCACGACUGCUGGCUGCAAAGGGUUCCAAGCCAACUUCAGCAACUGUGGACGACAACAAAACUUCAAAGGCUUCUGUGGCCGCCUCCACCGCAACUACCAUCAGCAAGCCUGAGAAGACGAAAUCUCAAUCGGAAAAGUCCAAGCUGAUACAGCAAAAAAUGGAAGCACUCAUGAAAGCGCGGGAGGCGAAUGCAAAAGCAACGCAGGCCCCGACCGCCUCUAUUCCUGUUCCAUCAUCCUCUGUGGCACCUGAAUCCAGCGAGACACCAAGAGCUGUAUCCCCUGAUGCAAUGAACCUCGAUGAUCAGCCAGUGGCCGCACCGGACAGGACUGAUACGGCCUCGGCGCCCUCAAUUCCAGGACUGUUCUUGUCGUCCAGCGCGCCAUCACCUGCCCCUAAUCAACGCAAGCGGCCUGUUGCAGCGGACCUCAACGAGCAAUCUACAGCUGCCGCGCAGAAACGCCCCUUUGGCCAAGCGCGUGACUCGCGGCCGUUCCUAAUCGAUGUUAGUGAUGAUGAGGACGAUGCUGAGAUGGAGCUCGAUUCUCCUGAACUCCGGCCCUCCUCGAUUCAACGGCCCACGACGCCUGGUUCGAGAACUAUUUCCUUCCGUGACCAUCCAGCAUUGCCCGACAGCGCAUCUCACCGCGCCGUUUCUAGCCCCAAGGCAGUGGGAACUCCAACGUCCAAUGUUAACAGCAAAGUCAAUUUGGAGAACAUGAACAAAAAGAUCGAGGAUAUGAGACGGAAAAUCGCUGAAGCCGAAGCCCGUAAGAAAGCAAAGCAGUCCAACAACGGUUCGCCUUCUCUUCCUCAAUCCCAGGCUCAAUCGAAGGAGGGCAGUGUCGAUGCCGCCUCCGAGCCAACGCCUGCGGUGUCGACGCCCGCAGUGUCGACUGAGCUCGGUUCGGGAGCUGCUACCGUGCCCAAAACCCGGGCUCGAGAUCAACAAGCGAGACCUGCACUUCGUGCUCGAGUUGCCAGUGAGCGCCUGCCCAUCUUGGAAGCCCGUAGGAGGGAGCAGACUGUUCGGCUGGAGCACUUGCAAUCUGAAGUCGUUAGGAUCACAAAGGAGAUUCAAGAUAGCUUGGCUGAAGAGGAACGACUGAAACAAGAUGCGCUACAGUCUGAAUCUGAACCGGCUUCGCAGCCAAGCGAGCCCGAACUGGAGGCUAUCCAAGCUGAACCAGUGCCGGACCUGCCUGCUGCAGAUGAUGCUGCUGUGGAAUCUCCGGGACAGAACGACGCGAUCCAUUCGAGUGACGAGGCCGACCAGGAUGCAUCCAUGGAUGAAUCCUCAAGCAGUGAUCUAGCCGAAGCUGCAGAGGCACCUGAAGCGGUCCAAGUCGAAUCCGUGACAGAAGAACAGGCAACCGUCGAGAGCAUUGCUGAUGAGCAUCAUCAUCCAUCUACCCCUAGCACUCCGAGCUCUGCAAAUCACGCACAGGCUCCUCUAGAGGGCACACCCCUUGGAGAUGGUCAUGGCGAUGAUGCAGAGCUGGAAGAUGUUGCUAUGGAAGAGGUGGCGGGUGACAGCAACGAUGAGAACGAAGUUGAUGAGUCCUCGGAUGAGUAUGAACCAACAGAGGCAGGCAUCGAAUUACCAUCUCAACAGGCCCCUAGCCAUCCACAGUCCCCGACCAGCCAAAGCAAUGUGGCCGAUGACACGCUCCUAGAAACGACUGAUGCUGACAUGCAGGGCGCUUCGGUCACAUCGCCCAUUCCUCACACAAUCUCAGCAGGCAAUGGAGAGUUGGGAUCUGAUGACAAUGGAGAACAGGUCAACGAAACCAUGACGACGCAGGGAAUGUCGGAAACUAAUGGCCCUCGGUCAUCGUUCAUCCCGUACGAGACACCCCUUCAUUACUUCAGGGCGUAUCGUUUUCACCCCCAGUUCAAAGACUCAGUGACUGGGGGGCUGCGAUCCUUGACAUACAGCAACAAAAUCGACGUGAAAAAGGAAGUAUGCCCUGAUCAACUCAGUGAAGGAAGCUGCCCAAGAGGCAACGAGUGUCCAUUCCAGCACUUUGAAGAGAUGCAAGCCCCGGAUGACCAGAUCCUCCUUCAGCUCGGUGCCUAUGGUAACUACGAGGGGGAGCAGAAGCAGGAGUACGUUGCAGGACUUCGCGAACUGCUCACGGAUUUCCGCAACCGAAAGGUGAAGGACUUCCAGACAAUCAGUCAAGGCAUCAUCGAAUACCGCGCCAAAUUCCAUGGCGACAAGUCGAAGGUCCUUCCUCUAGGUGGUGUCACCUUAUGA